UUGUUAGUUGAAAUUGAAAGAAUGUAUUAUUUUUCUAAUUUUAAUAUUUGUCUCCAGGGUACUUUUGCCUUCUCCCUCAUCAAAUACACUCCUCUAAAAUACAAUAAUGAGUAUGUGUAUCCCUGGUGGGGCUAUGUCAUUGGCUGGCUGCUCGCCCUCUCCUCCAUGGUCUGCAUUCCCCUUUGGAUGGUGUACAAGAUCAGCACCACGCAGGGGACACUCAGAGAGCGCAUCCAGCUGCUCAUCACACCGUCUGAUGACUUACCCAAAACCAAGAGGGAGCAGGAGAAGUUACUGGCCAUCUUUGCUCCUGGGGGAGAUGCCACCAUGAAUAAAAAUGGCUACUUUCCUGUCUCAGAGAGGGACUCCAACUUAUGAGGCCCCAGUGGGUGAUGUUUAUUUGAAAGACACAUGGGUUUUGGCUCCAUCACAGAGAUCACUGCAGGGAAAGUGUGUUGAGUUUGGCAGCGCCUGUACAUUUAUAGAAUGGAAAAAAUAUAGUUUGUCGCCUACUGGAUUAGUUAGACAUUUUAGAAAGUACUAUAAGGACAUUUUCAGGGACAAAAAUCCUUUACUCUUUUCAAACUGAAGUGUAUUAAUAAUUUGGAAUGUUGUUUUGCUCACAGAUUAUGUACAUAAACUAAAAGUCUGCAGACAUUUAUAAGUCAGCCCCUGUUUUCAUAAAGUGUUUCAUAAAAUUUUACAAUAAAAGAUAAUGGCAUUUUUAUUUAAUUCAAAUGAACUAUGUUAAUUCUGGAUACAGACAUGCAGGUUCCCUAAAACUCUUUAAAUAAAAUAUUUUAGUUUGGAUAGUGAGGGAUUUUUUUUUUUUUUACAGAUAUAACACUAAGACAAAUAAAUCAGUAAUAGUACCUGUGGAUACAACGACUUCUUGGAGUCUCUUUAUAUAUCUGACAUCUCUACAUGGCGACUAAGCUAUAUUUGUAUCAUAUUAUUGUAUUAUCAUAACUGAUUGGGGAAAUUUUCCUUUUGUAUUUACAGGAAUUGCAAUAAAAUGUAUUAUUUUCAAUGGAAACAUGAAUAAAGGAAUGUAAUGAAAAUUUACUGUAGAAUGUCAGUGAACAUUAUAAUACUGUAGCACUGCAAAUAGUUAUAGAUAAAACUAACAUGAUAUAUACAAUUUAGUUUCAUAUUUUGUAC